AUGGAUGCGGAUGACUUACUAGAAGAAGGGGGAAGAGGUAGUGGGUUAAGGAGUGAUGAUACGUUAUAUGUCCGUAGCAUAUCUUUCGGAGCAGCAAUGACCGUUGAAGUGCUCUGUACAGACGCCUUUUUAGUAGAGGAAGGGAGGACGUACGGUAACACACUGUUUCCGCAGCAGUAUCUUCUGUGUAUAGCUAUCUUAGAUAUACGCCGUAUAAUUAUCUGA